GUACCCGAGCCACUACAACCAAAUAUCGCGCUGUUCUCUCAGGCUUCAGCUUCAAGGCAAAUACUUGUACUUGUUCCGCCUUUCUUAUUUUGUGCACCAUGGAUCAGUAUUCUUCGCAGAAUCAUCAGUAUUCCCAACAGCAACAGGCGUAUGACGUGAAUCCUUAUCACCAGCCUUACCAAGGCCCAAUGUAUUCUGUUCCGGGUUCUUCAUCCCACAAUGCUCCAGUACCUGCCAAUGCAUACGAAUACGAUGUUGGGAUUCUGGCGCAACAGAGUGUCUAUGUACCGGGCGCGAUGAUUGAUAAACGUGGUGGUGCAGGAGGAAAGCUUGCGAAGGGCGGCAAGAGGACUACAGUGCUUCGCAAAGGCGGUGGCAAAGUUUGGGAAGAUCAGACAUUGUUAGAAUGGAACCCUUCCUGGUUUCGUCUCUUUGUUGGCGACCUCAGUAACGAUGUCUCUGAUGAUGUCUUGGCGAACGCAUUCAACAAAUAUACUUCGUUCCAGAAGGCACGAGUUAUCCGUGAUAGAUUGAGCCAGAAAGCUAAGUUUGGCUUUGUUGCAUUUUCCGAUCCUGAAGAUUUUUUGAAAGCCUGGAAAGAAAUGGAUGGUAAAUAUGUAGGUAAUCGUCCAGUCAAACUGAAAAAGGCCGACGAUACUGCUAUAAGGCCUGUAGAAAUAGGCCAUCGCAAGGCCCGUCAACUCGAGAAAGAUUUAAAGAAGAACAGACACAAGCCGUAUUGAAGUAUAAUCGCUGGUGUCGGUUUAUAAUUUGGGGUGAUCCAGAACUGAGGGAUGUAGAACAAUACCAUUUGGUGGAUACCACCCUGAUGAGUCUGAAUACUAAUAAUUGAUAUGGGUGGGCAUUCUCCUUGAUUUUUAAGUCUGCACAGCUACUGGUGUGCUUGUAGCGGUUUCGCGGCGAAUGAAACGUUCCACCUUGCAUGUGUGACGGCCAUGUAUCGAGUUACGCAGUAUUUUGUAGCCUUAGCUCUGUAAAGCGUGCGACACCGGUCAAUGGUAUACUACAUUGUUGAGCUUUUGUUUAUGAGGAAUUUUUGGUCAUACU